CGGAGAUGUCAACAGACCUGCAAGUCCAAUGAAACCUAACAGCCCGACCUGAAAUGAUCAGAAGGACCCAGAAGCAUUUUUCUUUUAAUUUUCCAUUUUCAUAAUAAUUUCUUAAGUCCCUGAUUCUAUUCUAUUCGAUUGCUCCAUCCAUGGCUUCCAAUGGAACAUCUCCGAGAGCGGAAACUGAGAACAGCUUGGAGAAAGUCAAGAGGCAGCUUACGUCGGGUUCAACGAGGAAUCUGUUGCAGGGGCCGCUCCUUAAGAGAUCUGAAACGCUGAGGAAAUGGAACGAGCGAUGGGUGAUCUUGAACCCCACUACUGGAAAAAUGGAAUACAAGAUUCGGAGGAAUGAGUCAUUUGUCAAGGGAACCAUUAUAUUUGAUGCAAAUAGCACAAUCACCAUCUCUCCUGUAAAUUUCCAUGGACUACCAAAAUAUGACGGCUGCUGUUUCUAUAUUGGUACUCCCGGGAAACAAGAUUACUUCCUCUGUGCCGAAACUCCUGGUGCUGCUAGAGCUUGGGUAUCAACUCUACUUGCAACUCAAUUGGUGUUAAAGGCCCACAAAGAAGCUGUGAAUUCCUUAAGUGGAAAUACUUCUACAAAAUUGGGAACGGUUUCAAGAGUUGUUGCUGAAGCCAACUCAAAGGCUCAAGAAGCUACUAAAGAAAUUGAAGCAGCAAUGCGGAUCUCCCUGAGAAAUGCUUUGGGCGUGGUGACGGAUAGACCAAACGAAGGUCAAAUGGAUGAUCUGACAAUCAUGAAAGAGACAUUACGAGUGAAGGAUGAGGAAUUACACCAUCUGGCUAGGGAACUUCGUGCACGGGAUUCAACAAUAAAAGAAAUAGCAGAGAAACUAUCUGAUACUGCUGAAGCGGCUGAGGCUGCAGCAUCUGCCGCUCAUACAAUGGAUGAGCAGAGAAGAAUUGCCUGUGCUGAAAUUGAGCGUUUAACGAAGGAUUCAGAGAGACAGAUAGGGUCAGCAAUGUUAAAG